AACACACAGAAAAAACCCUAGUGAAGUGACUGAGAUCCACGUGACGCACAAUUAUAAAGAUGGAGUUUAUAAGAGGAGACUAAAGACAUGAAGAUGGAAUUUAUUAAAGAGGAGAGUGAAGAGGUGAGGAUUGAAGAAACAUUCAGAGUGAAACAUGAAGAUCCUGAUGAACAAACAAAAAUGGCGUUUAUUAAAGAGGAGAGUAAAGAUGUAAAGAUUGAAGAUGCGUUCAAAGUGAAAGAUGAAGAUCCUGAGGAACAAACAAAAAUGGCGUUUAAUAACGAGGAGAGUGAAGAGAUGAGGAUUGAAGACACAUUCAGAGUGAAACAUGAAGAUCCUGAGGAACAAACAAAGAUGGCGUUUAAUAACGAGGAGAGUGAAGAUGUAAAGAUUGAAUUCAGAAUGAAAGAUGAAGAUCCUGAGGAACAAACAGAGACGAUGGCGCUGAAAGUGGAGACUGAAGUACUCAAUGAAAUUGAAGAGAAAGAUCAAUGUACGAAUCUUAAUGAUUUCACAACUGGAGAAAAGUCUUUCAUUUGCUCACAGACUGAAAAUACUUCCUCACAAAGAAGAGGUCAAAGGGCAAGGAAUGGAAGUCCCUUCAUCUGCGAACAGUGUGGAAAGAGUUUCAGUUUUAAAGGAAACCUUAAUGUCCACAUGAGAGUUCACACUGGAGAGAAGCCUUUCACAUGUCCUCAUUGUGGAAAGGGUUUCAAACAGAAAGGAAGUCUUAAUCUCCACAUUAGAACUCACACUGGAGAGAGGCCCUACACCUGCAAACAUUGUGGGAGAAGUUUCAGUGAUACAGGAAACUUUCAUAGGCACAUGAGAAAUUGCACUGGAGAGACAAUCGUUCAAGGCAGGAACCCCACUAGAGAGAGCCCUUUCACCUGCCAGCAGUGUGGAAACAGAUUCACUCAUCAAAAAAGCCUUAAGAGGCACAUGAAAAUUCACUCUGGAGAGAAGCUUUUCGCAUGCCCUCAGUGUGAAAAGAGUUUUUAUGAAAGCGGAGACCUUAAACGACACUUCAGGAGAAUUCACUCAGGAGAGAAACUGAGAAACCCGACGUGUGCAUUCAGUGUGGAAAUCGUUUCAAUCAAACGGGACAAUUUUAAGACGUCUUAAUAAUUCA